AUGAACAAUUCGCUUGCGGCAAGGUUGAAAUUAAGAAUAUUCAGUUCUCACUCAAAUACAGGUGGGAAUGAAAAGAAUAGAACAACAUUGAAUAAGAAAAAAUCCAUCGAGGACGAUGAUGACGUUGCCAUCGAAUCUGGAGAGGAAGAGGAUCGCCGUACUAGGCUUGAUUUGAAUUUACAAGACAUAGGUAAUUUAGAAAUACGAGAUAUUGAAAAUAAUAACGAUUAUGAUGGAACAAGUAGUGAAUAUUCAACUUCUUCUGAAUCUGACGGAAGUAUAACUAUAAAUCGAAAUAUUGUUAAUACAAACACUGUGAUUGAAAACAAAUCAAAUAAUCCACAUAAUAAUAAUGGUUCAAGUAAGUCAGAAUCUUUUAAUCAAAGUGAUUUAAGGUCUACCUCUGAGAGGACUCUUGAUCCUAAAAAAAUGAAACAAACGAAAUUUCAAACAUUAAAGAAGAAAAUAAGUAUUCCUGAAUUGAGUUUGAUAUCCGGAAAGAGAAAUAAUAACACUGCACAGCCAAUCUCGAAUACUGAAGAAUCUUUGAAAACACUAAAAACAAAAACAUCUAAUAAUAUUCUAUCUUCCAAUAACGAAUAUAAAUAUAAUAGUAUCGAUACCCGCUCUAUGUCAGAGUACACGUCCAGUGAAAUAAAUGAUAAAAAAAUACUUGUUAGUAGGACACAAAUAAAAAAAAAAGCACAAGUGUUACCUGUAAUGAAUAGUGAGAUUGACUUAGUUAGUUUUGAUUUGAAAACAAGAAUAUCCCACAGUAGGAAAAGUUCAGAACCUUACACAUCAGAAAAAUUUGUAAAUAAUUCAGUGUCAACGAAUAUUGAUCUUAAUAGCAGCAAAACACAAUUGUCAAGAAAGUCAUCCUUGACUUUCCCCAAAGUGAAUAUAAGCAAUGAUCCAGACACAUUAACGAUUAGGAAAGUUCAUUCAGAUUCUAUUGGUUCAGUAGCCAGCUCUGUUUAUUCAAAUCCUGAUAUUCUCACGUCAAAAAAUGAGUCAAGAACUUUAAUGAAAACUAGAAUAGACAAUAACGAUAAUGUAAAUCCAAAAAUUAAUAGAGGUCGUAGUAGAACAUUAGAUGCCAUUGAAUCAAAAAAACACAGACAUCCAUCACCUUUUCAUAGAAAAAAGAAUUCGUCUAGUUCAUCAUUGACCGCAAGGUUAGUUAGUUCUUAUUCUAACAAAUUUGGACACUCUCGUUCAACAAGUGGAGGCCAAACUAGUACCCAUAUUGUUAAUUCCAAAACUAACAAUUCUUCUACUUCAAGUAUCAAUUCUAAGACUGACUAUACUAAAACUUCUUCAUCCCCAAGAGCAUCACACGGAUCAUUACCAAGACCUAAAAUAGUAAAAUCUAAUUCAAGUAGUUCUUCUACAUCCAAUUUGACAAGACGGAGAAGUAGUUCGCUAGCAAACACUAUCAGCAGCAUUGUAAGUUUUAGAGGCUUUUCAUCAUUUAACAAUGUAAAACAGACAAGUAAUGAUGACCCUAAUCAAGGUAAAACUUUAUCUUUAUCAGACCUACCUCCUGUACCUAUUCCCAAACCGAAUGAAACAUACAAAUCUUAUUUGACAAAGAUAUCAAAUUACCAACAACUAAUUGGUGUCAUACUCACAGAGGCUGACGAUGAAUAUAAACUUAACGUUUUAGAUUAUUUUUUGGAAAAUUGUUUUAACUUCGCAGAAUUACCUGUGGAUGUCGCACUGCGUGUUUUACUUAUGUUUGUUGAAUUACCAAAAGAAACUCAACAAAUCGAUAGAUUACUACAGCAUUUUAGUAAAGUUUAUUAUCAACAGCAUUACAAAGAUUCAAUUCACACUGGUUGGAAAUCUGAAAGUCAAGUAUAUUUUAUAGUAUUUUCACUAUUGAUAUUGCAUACUGAUUAUUAUAAUCCAAACAAUAAGGAUAAAAUGACUAAGCACCAAUUUAUCAACUUGGUUCAUGAAGAUACUGAAUCAAAUGGUAAUAUAAUACCAAAAGAAAUUUUAUCAUAUUUUUAUGAUAACAUCACUUCUCAGGAAUCACCAAAAUUUGAUUUUAGUAAAAUUGGAUUAGGAUUCGAUAAUCAAGAACAGUCAAUAAGCUCGAGAACUGAAAAUUUCAAAAGUAACAAACAAAUGUCUACCUUAGAGUUACACUUGACUAAUUCUUCUCCAGCCCUUACCAUCUAUUCCCCUAAACUGAUUCUAUCAAAUAGUUUAUUAUCUCAGUCUGCUCACUUUCCUUUUGUUCCUCCAAUUAUUGGAAGAAGUAAUUCGUCCUCAUUAUCAAAUUAUCUCGGCUAUUCAUCAACAUCUCAAUUGGUGAAUAAUUCGGCCAAUGCAUCUAAAGAUGAUAUUGAUAUAUAUCAUCACAUAUAUAACAAUACAUUAUUAGAUAUCAAUAUGGAAAGUGAUGUAAAUAAAAUGUGGGAUGUCCAAUGUAUCAAUACACCAAUUUACAGAAACAAUUUUGAUCAGUGUUCUAAAUAUUUUUCAGCAUUUUUAGAAUUCAAGGGCGGCUAUUUCAAGAUCCAUAGAUCUCAAUUUGAAUCAAUUGCCAAUCUAAAUUACGAGAUAAUAAAUGAAACAAAAGAUGACGAUUGCUUAUAUUUGAAGAUAAUUCAUUUAGGUGAUAUCCAUGAAUUUUCUUGCGCAAAGAAAUCUUUUUUAGUUGGAAAUGGUAACAAAAUUUUUUGGAAGCAUGAGUAUGCGAUUUUAACAUCAUAUGGUUUACUAAUUUUUAGUAAUUUUGAUUGGAUACAACCUAAAUUAGUUGUAGAUGAAGAUACUAAAAUAUCAAACUACAUUAUAGAAUAUCCACAAGGACCUAGUCAAUUAGCUGAACCUACCAUCGAUACUUAUGGUUUGCUAGCCAUGGUUUCGAUGGAUGAGCUCGGACCAUUAGCUUUUCAAAACUUGGUUGAUAAACAAAACAAGGAAGAUUCUGAGGAAAAUGGAAAUAAUGGGUUACUACUCUCGAAUCAUAUGGAACUAAUCUGUAAAGAAGAUCCUGAUAAAUUAUUAUACAUACGCAGUCCAACUAAGAAAUAUGUUUGGAAAUGUCAGUCUAAAACAGAAAGAGAUGAAUGGAUCGACUCUAUUAAUGUUUCUGCUACGUUUUCUAAAUGUUAUGUUAAAUUAAGGACCAUAUGCAAUACCGUGAUUUCACUACUUGGAACAUCUGUCGAAUGCCGUAUUGCCAAAUUAAUAAAGUCCAAACAAGAAAAGAUUGAAAAACUGAAAAGACUUGAAUUACGACUCUCUUUUUACCGUCAUGUCAUUCCAAUAAGUUCCAAAACUCGUAACGAAUUACAUGGUCAACUGUUACAGCUGGCUGUACAACUUGAAUAUUUAAUUUAUGAGAUUAAAAGGAAUGCUGUGUACAUUGAUAUUGCUAAGAAUGUGAAUCAAAAAGAUACUUUAGUAUCCAGCGAAAAUUUCUUAAAAUUAAACGAGAUUUCCCUUAGUAAAUGCCCAACUGAUGAGCAUAAUAAUGUAAAUGUUACUUCAUCCUAA